AUGAAUGUAUCAAACAUAAUUUCUUGUUUCAAUGAGAAUGCUGUGAAUGUGUCAUAUUCCUCCUCAUCAUGUUCUAGCUAUUCAAACAAAUCUUGUUUAUCUCAAAACCUCACACCUUCAACCCAAAACUCAGUCUCAUCAACCUACAAAGCAAUCCUCUCCAACAAAAAACAGAUGCUGAUCACAGUUACUUGGAGUAGAAGCUACUCAAAUCAAGGACUCACAAUAAUCUUCAAUGAAGAAGAAGAUCCACUAGCUGCAAGAGUUUUCAGACUCAACACAAACUCAAGGCUUUUCAGAAAGAAAAAAGGAAGCAAGUUGGUUGAAGUGGAACAUACUCAUCAUGGUUCAAAAGUUGAAGUCUUUUGGGAUCUUUCAACUGCAAAAUAUGAAACUAGUCCCGAGCCUGUUGAUGGAUAUUAUGUUACAGUUUUAGUUGAUUCAGAAUUUGGUCUUAUCUUAGGUGACAAAGUUGAAGAAAACUUAACAAGGAAGCUGAAGAAAAGAACUUUUUUAGGCAAAGUUUCACUUUUUUCAAGAAGUGAAUAUUUUUCAGGUAACACAGUUCAUUACACAACUAAAACUAAGUUCUGUGAAAGUGGAACAUUUCAUGAUAUUUUGAUUAGAUACAGUGGUGAAAAUGAAGGGUUUAAAUCACCUGUUUUGAAUGUUUACAUUGAUAAGAAGAUUGUGAUUUGUGUGAAGAGGUUGAAGUGGAAUUUUAGAGGGAAUGAAACCAUUUUUGUGGAUGGUUUGUGUGUGGAUUUUCUUUGGGAUGUUCAUAACUGGUUUUUCAGAGGUGUUUCUGGUUAUGCUGUGUUUAUGUUUAGGACUAGGAGUGGUUUGGAUAAUAGAUUGUGGUUAGAGGAAAAACUAGAACUGAAAGAUAAAAAUAGCGAUGAGUUUUCAUUGUUGAUCUAUGCUUGUAAAACUAUAUAA